GCUCUCACAGCUUGUUGAGUGUACCGGGGAAAGUAUGGCGCUCGUUGUAGUUUGGUUCAUCACCACCGUGUUCAUCUUAGUUCACUCAGCACCGGUCAUUUUACCUCAAGAGAAAUAUCAAUUCCAACAGUGGAUGUCAGAGCACAACAAAGUAUAUGACGCUGAGGAGUAUUUCCACCGGCUCCACGUAUUCACCGAAAAUAAGAGGGAAAUUGAUCAUCACAAUGCUGGGAAUCACUCGUUCACAAUGGGCCUGAACCAGUUCUCAGACAUGACGUUUGAGGAAUUCAGGAAAUUAUUCCUUUUAACAGAGCCCCAGAACUGCUCAGCUACUUCGGGGGGUCAUGUCAGCAGAGCUGGUCCUUAUCCUGAGUUUGUAGACUGGAGGAUGAGGGGCAACGUUGUGACUCCUGUGAAGAGCCAGGGUCACUGUGGAAGCUGCUGGACCUUCUCUACCACCGGCUGUUUGGAGUCGGUGAAUGCUAUCGCUACCGGGAAGCUGAUACCUCUGUCUGAGCAACAGCUGAUCGACUGUGCCAAAGACUUCAACAAUCAUGGAUGCAUGGGCGGCCUCCCCAGCCAGGCAUUUGAGUACGUCAAAUACAACAACGGUCUUAUGACAGAGGAGGACUAUCCCUACAAAGGCCAUGAUGACACUUGCCAUUUUGAGCCUGCGCUAGCAGCUGCUUUCGUCCUGGAUGUUGUCAAUAUAACAAGUUAUGAUGAAAAGGCCAUGGUUGAUGCUGUGGCUCGGCUCAACCCUGUGUCCUUUGGUUUUGAGGUCACGGCUGAUUUUAUGCACUACAAAGAAGGUGUUUACACCAGCACCCAGUGUAAAAACACAGCAGACAUGGUGAAUCAUGCAGUCCUGGCUGUGGGUUACGGUGUUGAAGAGACCGGUAUGCCAUAUUGGAUUGUGAAGAACUCUUGGGGCACCGCCUGGGGCAUGGAUGGAUAUUUUUUGAUAGAGCGAGAAAAAAACAUGUGCGGACUGGCUGCGUGCUCUUCCUACCCUCUACCUUUAGUUUGACGAGUGACAUGGCAACAAAGUAGAGGACUGAAACAACUCAGGAAAAGUUCACCACAGCAAACAUGGAGUUUGAUUUCUCAACAACAUGAACAGUAUAAUCUAAAAAAAAUCAUCACGUGUCACAAUCUCAAAUUUGCUAUACGAUGCUUUUAAUUUCUUUUUAGGUAACUAUGAUUGCUGAUUCUUGUUUUAAGGUUGAAAGUUUUUACUUAUUAUCUUUAUUUCUUUGAUAAUGUGGAUGUUGUGAAGCUCAUUGAAACAAUCACUGUUGUAAAUGACAACACAGAGAAAAUGUAUUUAGUCGUAUAAAGUAUGUCUGUACAGAUGCUUGAACCAUGCAGUACUUUUUUAAGAAAACAGAAAAAAGCAGCCACCUUUCCAUGUACCAACACUGUUCAUAUAAUCAGUUAUGCGACAUGCAUGAUGUUACACUGAGCAAAAGACAUCCCUGUACAUGAAUGUGAUCAUGUUAUUGCAGAUCCUUCAUGGGUAAUUGACUUAGUUUUCAGUGAGUGGCCUCUUUAUGGCUCCAUAACAACAAAAUCAAGUGUGUAAAAUAUCUCUGAAUGUCUUCAAAGAUAGGGACGGCUGCCUCUUUGCUUCACUUAACAAACUUUAGAGACGGUCAUGCACCAAAGGCCCAUCAAGGAGGCAGUUCAGAUGUCAAGCAAUAGCUUGUUUCUGUUUGUAAUGUUUUGUUAAUAAACAUUUUACUCGUA